UAUAAGAGAGACACUGGCAGUCCUGAAGUCCUGGCCCUGGGGAGCCCAGAAGCCAGAGGGAAUGGGCCCUGGAAGCCUCAGAUCUCCUCCUCAGGAGAUGGUGACAUUCAAGGAUGUGUCUGUGGACUUUACUAAGGAGGAGUGGGGCCUCUUGGACCCCUCUCAGAAGGAGCUGUAUAAGGACGUCAUGUUGGAGAAUGCCCAGAACCUGCUCUCCCUGGGGCUUCCAGUUCACAGAGAAGAGGUGACCUCUUAUUUUGAGCAAAGGGAAGCAUCCUGGAUGCUGGACCAAAAAGGCCUCAGGAGCUACUCUCGAGAAGGAGUGAACAGACUUGGAAUGAUGGAAACUACUGCAGAUCUAAGCCAUUCUGUUACAGAAACUCACAAGCAAAGACUUAGGGGUGAUGGUCUCUAUAACUUUAUUGGGAGAGAAAUCUAUGCAAUAUAUGAAAGUAUCCAGCAUACAGAGAAACAUUAUGAAUGUAAUCAAUGUGGAAAAGGUUUUACAAAAAAGGAAACUCUUACUGCACAUCAGAGAAUCCACACUGGUGGGAAACCUUAUGAGUGCAACCAAUGUGGCAAGAAGUUUAAUCAAAGGAAAAAUCUCACCAGACAUCAGAGAAUCCACACUGGGGAGAAAUCUUAUGAAUGUAACCAGUGUGGAUUGACUUUUAGACAUAACAAAACUCUUACUGUACAUCAGAGAAUUCACACUGGAAAGAAGCCUUAUGAAUGUAAUCAAUGUGGCAAGAAUUUUAAUCAAAGGAAAGCUCUUACUAGACAUCAGACAAUCCACACUGGAGAGAAACUUUAUGAAUGUAACCAAUGUAGAAAAACUUUUAAAUGGAAAAAAUUUCUUAUUGAACACCAGAGAAUCCACACUAGAGAGAAAUCUUAUGAAUGUAACCAAUGUGGAAAGGCUUUUAGAAAACAGGCAAGUUUUACUGAACACCAGAGAAUCCACACUGGAGAGAAACCUUAUGAAUGUAACCAAUGUGGAAAGGCUUUUAGAAAACGGGAAGGUUUUACUGUACAUCAGAGAAUCCACACUGGAGAGAAACCUUAUGAAUGUGACCAAUGUGGGAAGGCUUUUAUAUAUAAGGAAAUUUUUAUUGUACAUCAGAGAAUCCACACUGGAGAGAAACCUUAUGAAUGUAACCAAUGUGGAAAGGCUUUUAGAAAACGGGCAGCUUUUACUGUACAUCAGAGAAUCCACACUGGAGAGAAACCUUAUGAAUGCAAUCAAUGUGGGAAGGCUUUUAGAGAAAGGAGAGUUCUUAAUGAUCAUCAGAGAAUCCACACUGAUGAGAAACCUUAUCAAUGUAAGCACUGUGGAACAGCUUUUAAAAGUAGAGGAACUCUUAGUACACAUCAGAGAAUCCAUACUGGAGAGAAACCUUAUGAAUGUAACCAGUGUGGAAAGUCUUUUCUAUAUAAGAAAACGUUUAUUGAGCAUCAAAGAAUCCACACUGGAGAGAAACCUUAUGAAUGUAAUCAAUGUGGGAAGAGUUUUGGUCAAAGGAAAGCUCUUACUAGACAUAAGAAAAUUCACACUGGAGAUAAACCUUAUGAAUGUAAUCUAUGUGGGAAGGGUUUUAGAGAAAGGGGAAUUCUUAUUCAGCAUGAGAGAAUCCACACUGGAGAGAAACCUUAUGAAUGUAACCAAUGUGGAAAGGCUUUUAGACAAAAGGGAGCCUUUAUUCAACAUCAGAGAAUGCACACUGGGGAGAAACCUUAUGAAUGUAAACAAUGAGGAAAAGCUUUUAAAAAUAAAAACUCUUAGUAUACAUCAGAGAAAUACACUAAAUGUAGCCAAUGAAGAAAGACUUUUACAAAAAGGGAUGUUCUUACUCUACAUCAGAAAAUCCACACAGGAAAGAAACCUUAUGAAUGUAACCAAUGUGGAAAGGCUUUUAAAAGUAGAGGAGCGCUUAGUAUACAUCCAUGAAUCCACACUGGAGUGAAACUUGUAAAUGUAGCCAAUGUGGAAAGAUUUUUAGACAUAAACAAAGUCUUACUGUACAUCAGAGAAUCACAUUGGAGAGAAACCUUAUGAAUGUGACCAAUGUCACAUUUAAAAAAGGGAACUUUGAGUGGAUAACUAUUAGAGAAUGGCUGAAUAAGUUAAGGUAUAUGAACAUUAUGGAAUAUUAUAGUUCUAUGACAAAUGGUCAG